AUGUGGCAGUUACGCGUAGAUGGAGCAGGCGUCGUCAUCGUCGCCCCAAAUGGAACCCUGUUAGAGCAAGCUAUCACGCUUGGCUUCCCAGCUUCAAACAACGAGGCAGAGUACGAGGCAUUGCUCGCUGGCUUACGCUUGGCAAAGGAGCUAUCAAUUAAGAAGCUAGUCAUCUACUCAUAUUCCCAACUAAUCACAAGUCAAGCCUCAGGAGAAUACAUGGCGAAGCACCCAAGGAUGAUCUUGAACCUUGACAAAGUCCAAGAGCUGUUGAAGGUGUUUCCUACCUUCACCAUCCAGUAG